AUAUCAAAAAUGUAGAAGAGCUUAAUUUAUAUUUUGUUGUAUAUUUUCAAAAUAAUUUAGCAUAUAUUAUUAUAUAAAAAUAUUUGUUAAAUAUUAUGUACUUAUUUAAAACGCAGUAUGUCCUAAAUUUUAAGACAACGCCAGUGAGAUAUCUAUGCAAUUUUAAUGAUGUAAGACCUUUAUAAUGGAAUUAUAUUUAGAUUUUGGACCAAUUUCAAAUUCGAUAAUACUAAGAAAUAUGGUGGCUAGGGAAAAUUGAAUAUUCAUCAAUGCAUUUUAUGGCAUACAUCUUUUAUAUUUGAUAAAAAUGAUAAUUCUAUCAUCUUUCUUAAAUCUAGUCAAAAUAAUUGUACUGAUAGAUUGCUUGAUCGAAGUGUAUAUUUUACACAUAACAUAACAUCUAUAAUCAAUUUCCUUAUUUAUAAAAACGGACUUUGCUCAUAAAACGAUGUUAAUAACUUCUAUGUUUUUAUUAAAACAAUAUGUACAAUUUUCUUUAGUAUGUUCCAAAAUGGAAAUAUGUAAAAAUAAGUUAUAAUUAAUGUUUACACAGAUUUUAAAUUUGCACAUAUGCGGUAUACAUACACAUACAUAACAAAGAGUUAUACUCGUUAUGUCAUAGAUUGUAAUAUUUUAUAAACAGAAUUAAGAAAUCCAUAUAUAAGUGUACAAUUAGCUUGAUAUUGUGAUAUAACUAUUAUGGUGCGCAAAUAUACUUUAAUUUAGUGUAAUAUAAAUCAAGCUAUAAGAUGCAGAUCGUAGUUAAUUGUUCCUACAUCUACUACAAUUGUAUAUUUAUUGUACAUACAAUAUUUGAAUAUUAAGAUUAGAGUGAUAUACAUGUUACAUAAAUACAUCUGUCAUUAAUAAAACAAAAUGACUGAUUAUCAUAACACCUUUGAUCUUUCUGUAUAAAAAGUUAUUGGCUCUUAUUAAGAAUAAAAAUAAUUGUUUCAAUAUGAAAACCUUUUUAUAAUUGUACAUAGAAAAAACAUUUGAAUUCAGGAAAACAAAAAUAAUUUUACUUGAAGUAUAGAACUAUUACUUUGUGAAACAUGAAAUUAACGUUAAACCUAUACAGUUUUUGUAUUUCUUCUAAUAUUAAUAAUUUAUAUAAUUAGUCCAGGAAUUACUUUUACAAAUGCUUUGAAAAAAGUGGAAAGUAUUGAAAUGCAUGACUACUUCAAUAUGGCAUAUCAAGAUAAUGCAAAUGCUCUGCAAUUACACAUAAAAAGUAAGGAACUUUCAAAAUACCUUUUGUCCAAAAAAAGUCCAAUACAGCAUUUAAUUGAUAUACUUUUACUUCAGUAAACAGUGAAAAUUUAUUACCAGUUUCACAAAAGUACAAUGCUGGAUCAUUACGUAUACCAGCUGAUCCUUCUUGGCCUAAAAUACCGCAACGUAAAUUAACUAAUGAUGGUGAUACUAUUGAACCUCCAUGUAUAGUCAAAUUAAAUGGAACUCCCAGGAGUCGUACUAUAGUUCAAACGUCGUUAAAUCAAAAACUACUUCAAGUAUGUACACUUUGAGAAAAUUUCCUGGUUACGUCGAUCCUCGUUUUAAAAACAGAGUGACAAAUAUUAAGAAGAAUCAAGUUACAUCAACUGAAUCAUUACAGAAAGAAGUGGAUCAAUCUAAUAUUACUACUUUUAGAGAACAUCUACAUACAGAAGAAACAGAAAAAUUAAUGCCUGAGAGGGAACAAACUAAAAUAGAGAAAGGACAAAAGCUUCAUGAAGAAAAGGAAAUUAAAUCAACACAAAAUUAUAAGGCAAAUCAUAUCCUUGAUAUUAAUAAAGAAUUACAAUUAGAAAAAACUCAUUACACAAAAAACUCAGAAUUAAAAAGACAAGAUUAUAUUUCAGAAGGUGGCAAUAAAAAUGAAAUUACAGAAAAAGAUAAAUGUGUGAAGAAUGUGAACUCUUUUGAACAUAUAUCAAAAUCAAUAGUUAAUGAUGCAAAUACUCAGGUGGACAUCUCUUCUAUGCCAGUACAAGAAAGUAAUGGGCAGUUGUUUUUUGUGUUAGACAAAAAACUGCAAUCACAUCCUCUAAGUGCUAUUACUGUUCCUCAAGAAUAUGUUAAUCAAUGCUAUAAUGUACAACUUCCAAUUCUUGCAAUGCAAGUAUCUACUACAGGAACAAGUAAUGUAAUACAACGAUGUAUAAAUCAUUCGGAAUACCAGAACCAAAUCAAAACUCCACCUGUAAUGAAGGAAGAAUCUGAACACCGUAUUCAUUCAAACCAGACACAGAAUAAAAGCAAAUCCCUCAUUAACAAUAUUGAAGAAAAGGAUAUCUAUGAGAGAAAAAACACAUUAGUGGUACAAAGUAAUGCGCUUGAAGAAAAUAGAAAAAGUUGUUUCACACCAGACUUUCCAGAAAAUUCAGCUGUUUCUGAAAAAUUACCAAAUUUAAAUAUUCAGAAAGAACAACAAGAAUCUAGCGAUUCCGAAUAUUAUAUUCCCGAUAUAAAUAAAAGAAACAUACAUAAUAAUGUUUUCCAAUGUUUAAAAAUGAGAAAAAUGACAUGUGAUGCAAGUGGUGAAGAAACAACAGAUUCUGAAAUUAUUAGAAAAAGAAUCAUAUUUAAAAAAGAAUUUAUUGAUACAAAUGAAUCCACAAAGAAAGGUAAUAAUAUUAAUACUGACGCUAUACAUGAUAAUAUCAAAGUUUUGAGUCACAAUCAUGAUAAAGUAAAUUAUAUAUCAAAAAAUACUGAUCAAAAUCAAUCUUUAUAUCAAAAUUACAAAAUCGGUAUCUGUGAGACAAAAGGUAGAAAUAAAUCCGAGCAAUAUUUAUCUUCUAAAAAAAAUGGAUGUACCAGGAAACUUUGUCGCAAUUCAGAACCAUAUAUCACAUUUAAACAAAAAAAGACAUCAGCAAAAUUUUCUAGGAAAGCUAGAUCUUAUUUUCAAAAGAAUUCUCAUUCAGCAUUGGUAGAUUCUGAUUAUACUUUAGUAUGGCCUAGUUGUCAAUAUAACAAAUACAAACGCAAUCAUACAAAUAUUCAUAAAUUCAGUAAGUAUAAGGCAAGAAAUAUGAGUCAACAUUUUUAUUCUGUUCCUACACACAAACGAAAUACGAAUACACAAAUUAGCAAUGUCUCGAAUCUUAUUGAACAAAAUUAUUUGCAAAGCAAUAAACAUAUAGAUUCAAGGCAAGAAGUUACUAAAAGUUUAUCACGGACAUGUUUGCAAAGAGAACAUUACAAGUAUGAAAUUUCUCCAAGAUCAAAUACAGGUGAUAAAUUUGAAAGAUCAAAAGGUAUUUCACCAAAAACCCAAGAAUUGCUAAAUAAAAGUUACUGGGAGUAUUAUAACAGAUUGAGGCACAAAAUAAAGAAUACAAGCAGUAUAGAACAGCAAUAUUCAUAUAAUUUAACAAUGGAUACACCUGAAGAAAGAAAUAAGGGGAAAGUAAAUGAAGUAUAUGAUCAGGAAUUAAGAAGUCAAUUAGAAGUAAAUCCUGAACUUCAAACGUUAAAACAAUGCACAGCUCUUUCUACUAUGAUUAAUAAAGCAUUAGACUCGAAUCUUGAAUCAAAUAUUGUGCAAACAGAACAAUUAUACAUAAAUGAUAAUAUGAAAACAUCAUUAAAUCAUAUAGUCAGUGCGCAAAAUUCUAAUACAAAGAAGAUUUCACAUUUAGCUACAGAUGAAUCUGUUACUAAUAAAGUAGGAUGUAAUGGGUAUAGAACGAAUGAUAAAAAAUUUUUGGAACUUAAAUCCAUUAUUUUUUUUGGUGGUAUGAUGUAUAUUCUAAUAAUAUUUUUACCAAUGUUGUAUGACUAUUUUUAUUACGAAGAAUACGAUGACUACUACGAAAAUUUAAGUUAUUUGGAACUGGUAGUGGAAUAUAUUUUCUCUUCAUUUAAAGAAGCAUUUGGAGGUGUAUUCAAUGGUUUAAAACAAAUUUUUUUUUAUCCACAUGCAUGUAAGAAAUGCACCAAUAUCACAUAAAAUUAACGAUGGUCCCCGCAUUACGUGCAAGUUUACAUAUUUUACUACUGUUUGUUCUUUGCAUAUUGAUUAGUAUUUAUUUUUGUAUUAGACAGGUAUUUUUAUAAUUAAUUCUCUGUGUAAAUGUUUCGCAAUUUGUAUAUGCAUAUUUACAAUUAAAAUGUCAUCUGAAGACUA